AUGGCCUCCCUUCUCACUCUCCAGACCCAACCCAACACAAUCGACUACAUCGCCCUGACCUUCCUUUCACUCGUCGCAGGCACAUUUCUCACCCGGGGCAUCCUCUGGGACCAGCCAGACCCCUACAGACAUCUUCUUUACGAACGGCCUCAGCUCAAACACGGCAUUGGUACUACCGCAAACAGUAGACAGCAGACCCGGAACAUCGCCCGAAGGUUGGAGGAGACGAACUCGCCCAUUGUCGUCUUCUGGGGCUCUCAGUCAGGGACGGCAGAGUCCUUUGCACACAGACUUGCCAGGGAAAUCACCCUGCGGUUUGGACAAAACACCCUUACAGCAGAUCUGAGUGACUAUGACCCCGCUUCAAUUGCGGAGAUUCCCUCAUCCAAGCUAGCGAUCUUCAUCCUCUCGACGUACGGCGAAGGAGACCCCGCCGAUAACACGGUUGAGUUCUGGAACUGGCUGAAUAGUAACGACCGGAACGCGGAGAAGAAGCAGAAGCAGUUUUCCGGGUUGCGAUACUUUGCUUUUGGGUUGGGAAACUCGAACUACAAGUUCUAUAACCGGGUUAUUGAUCGCGUUGUGAAGGUGCUUGGCGAGCAUGGCGCGAACGCACUGCUUCCUGUAUCAAGAGCGAACGAUGCUACUGGCUCUACUCAGGAAGACUUCAUAUCAUGGAAAGAAAGACUGUUUGCAUUCUUCCGUGGGAGUCUAGGCUUCACGCAGUCGGAGCUCAUCUACCAGCCUACCAUCUCCAUCACGACGGACGAUACCAUUAAGCCCUCUGCCCUUCACCGCGGCGAGCCACGGCACUCGCCAAACCCAGUGGCCAUCCCCAUUAUGGGCAUAAGACAGCUCUUCGAGCCUAUCUCGGACAGGUACUGCCUGCACAUCGACCUCGACAUUUCCAGCACUCCAGGCGUGGUAUAUAAGACCGGUGACCACCUCGCCGUCUGGCCAUCCAACCCCGACGAGGAAGUCAAGCUGCUCCUGCACAUGCUCGGCCGCAGCCACGAAUCCGAAAUACCCAUCUCCAUAGCCCCUAUAGAAGGUGCAGACGUCGAAGACGUUGCAAAGAAAGUCCCCAGCCCAACAACCCUCCUGGUCCUUCUCCGCCACUACCUCGAAAUCACUGCGCAACUGCCUCGCGAUAUCCUCGCGACCUUGGCCCCCUUCGCGCCGACGAACGAGGCAAAGACCUUCCUGACAGAGCUGGCAAAUAGCAAGGAGGCCUACGCUGACUUUACACGUCGCAAUCAUCUUACGCUGGCGAGGGUUUUGGCUGCCUCUUCCACCAACAAGCAGCGAUGGACAUCCCUCCCGCUCACAUACAUCAUCGAAACCCUUCCAGUCCUCCAACCACGCUAUUACUCAAUCUCCAGCAGCAGCGUUGUCAGUCCUCGCAAGAUCUCCCUCACGGUCCUCGUCCUGUCCACACCUCUUCCGGAAAACACAGCCAUGUCGAUUCAGGGCCUUACAUCAACCUACCUCCUCACUCUCGCCGACAGUCCGCAAUCCCGAGAACACAAGAACAUGACCUUACCAACAUACACGAAUACACUCCUCCCAUUCACGCCAGACUCCUCAUCUGACGGCAGAAGAAGGAUACUAGCGCACCUUCGGCGCUCCUCCUUCAAGCUUCCGCGCCUGCAAACAACACCGUUGAUCUUGAUUGCAGCGGGGACAGGCCUUGCCCCCUUCCGCGCCUUCAUAGCAGAACGCCGCCAAGUCCUCAAAAUCGGCCGCGAGGUCGGCGAUGUGCUCCUCUUCUUCGGCUGCCGGUCUCCGGAGGAAGACUUCAUUUACAAAGACGAGCUGAGCGAAAUGGAGGGUGCGUUUGGCGGGAAGUUGCGGAUCGUCACAGCAUUUUCGAGAUACGGACAGCGUAGCGAGAGGGCAUAUGUGCAGGACCGAGUCUUGGAAUAUAAAAAUGAGGUGAGGGAGAUCCUGGUUGCCCGAAGAGGGAAUCUGUAUAUUUGUGGACGCGCGGGUAUGGCGAGGGAGGUUGAGAGGCGCGUUACCGGGUUCCUGACGGAAAUGGAAGACGGAUGGAGUGAUAGAGAUGCCGAAGAGUGGGUUAGGAGUGUAAAGAGGAGGAAUAAGUGGCAGGAGGAUGUUUGGGGGUGA